UGUUUUUUUAGCACUUGAGAAAAAAAAGAAAGAGAUUAAGAAGAUACAAAAGAUUAUUGUUUCUAAAUAAUUUUUUUGUCAGCCUGAAAAAGUCUUUAGUUUCUCAUUAGUGCUUUGACCAUCACAUUAUUUUUUCUUUAAUCCAAAAAGAUGUGGACUUUCCUGGGAAUAGCGAGCUUCACAUACCUUUAUAAAAAAUCCGACACAGUCUUGACUUUGGCUCACAAAGAGCUGGUGAUGGUCGCAGCCUUAUUUCUAACAGUCGGGCUGCUGCUCUCAUAUAUCCGGUAUUUCCAUGGGCAGAAGCUCAGGGUCUCUCAGGUGUUCCAUUUGCCCCUGAGCCUCCUGUCCUUUUUACCUGUCAUCAACCACUUUAUCCCCCAAACGUCAACACAGAGGAGCGGGAAGGCAGAGGACUGUAAAAAGAGCCGGAGAGCAAGGAAAAGUGUGGAUAAAGAGUCCUCGGCCUCACAGAGUGCCUCAGCCAGUAGUGGCCCCUCAGUGGCCCCGGAACCAGAUGUGGUGAUAGUUGGGGCCGGGGUCCUGGGCUCGGCCAUGGCCGCCGUCCUAGCCCGGGAUGGGAGGAGGGUGACGGUGGUGGAGAGGGACCUGAAGGAGCCUGACAGGAUAGUGGGGGAGCUGCUGCAGCCUGGAGGGUUCAGAGCGCUCAGAGAGCUGGGACUGAAAGAUUCGGUGGAGGGUCUUGAUGCCCAUCUGGUCAACGGCUAUGUGAUCCAUGACAUGGAGAGCAGCACAGAGGUGGAGAUCCCUUACCCUCAGGCGGAGGACAGCAUCCAGUGUGGACGCGCUUUCCAUCACGGUCGAUUUAUCAUGGGCCUGAGGAGAGCCGCGCUGGCCGAGCCAAAUGUCACAUUCAUAGAAGGGACGGUGACCAGUUUGCAGGAAGAGGAUGGCUGUGUAACCGGAGUCCAGUACAAAGAUAAAGAAACUGGAGACAUCAAGGAAAUCCACGCAGCGCUGACCGUGGUGGCUGAUGGCUGUUUCUCCAAAUUCAGAAAGAGUCUGGUCUCUGGGAAAGCCCAAACCUCCUCUCACUUUGUUGGAUGCCUUAUGAAGGACUGUCCCCAGUUUAAAGCCAAUCAUGCUGAGCUGGUGCUGGCCAACCCGAGCCCGGUGUUAAUCUACCAGAUCUCCUCCUCUCACACCAGAGUACUCGUAGACAUCAGGGGGGAGAUGCCUCGCAACCUCUCCGAGUACAUGGCUGAGAAGAUAUACCCACAGCUGCCAGAGCAUUUAAAGGAGCCUUUCAUGGUGGCGCUGCAGAACGAUCGGCUCAGGUCCAUGCCUGCCAGCUUCCUCCCUCCCUCCCCUGUCAACAAGCCAGGCGUGCUUCUCCUGGGCGACGCUUACAACAUGAGGCAUCCUCUGACGGGAGGAGGGAUGAGUGUUGCUCUCAACGACGUUCGCAUCUGGAGGAGUCUGCUCCAGAACAUCCCGGAUCUGUACGACGACAGGGCCAUGCUGCAGGCAAAGAAAAAAUUCCACUGGGAACGCAAGUCAUCACAUUCUUUCGUGGUGAAUGUGUUGGCCCAGGCCCUGUAUGAGCUGUUUGCAGCCACCGACAAUAAUCUUCAUGAGCUGAGAAAAGCCUGCUUCCAGUACUUCAAGCUUGGUGGAGAGUGCAUUGCUGGGCCUAUUGGACUCCUCUCAGUGUUGACACCCAAACCCAUGACCCUCAUUGGACACUUCUUUGCUGUGGCACUGUAUGCAAUCUACUUCAACUUCAAAUCCGAGUCAUGGAGCACCAAACCUCGAGCUUUAUUCAAGAGCGGAGCCAUCCUGUACCGAGCCUGCACGGUCAUGUUUCCACUUAUCUACUCUGAAUUCAAGUACCUGGUGUACUGAGGAGCACUACGUCUGGACUGGACGUCUUGGACUCUUAACAGACCUACAGCUCAAGCAAAACAAAACUUGCAAAAAGUUGUUUUUUGUCAGUAGUUUCUAUGUUUGCCUUUCUGCUGAAAAAGGCGCUGUUGAUGUCUUGAAUCAUGAUUUUACUACUGAGGGUUUUCCUUACUCAGGAUGUCUUAAUGUCCUACUUAAUGCCUUGUUUUAAUUUGGACAUUUUAUGCAACAAUGCCUUGGUGUAGCCCUGUUUGUGCUCACCCACACAGUCUGGUCUGUAUGCUAGAGGAUGGCAGCAUACAGUGUUUAACUCACACCUUGAAUUACACUGAAUAUUCAAUAUUGUGGAAUUAUUCCUGCCAAACAGAACUGCUAUGUGGAACAUGGCAUCUGAAUUUUAUAAUAAUGAUUUUGCAAUAGAGCCACUUUUGUGCUGUAUAUUUUUGUGCUGAGCUACUUUGGGCUAUGUUUAAUAUAGGAAUCCUCCUGUAAUGAUGAUAUAUUUUAUUACGAGAAUCUGAAGCACUGAUGAUAAGAUGUCAUACAACAGCAAGCUGUCGUGAAUUGUUAUCUUAUUCACUCAUUCUUUCCUGCCUUCCUCAUAUUGUUGCUCUUUACAUGUUGCGAUAAGGAACUUUUUGUAACAAAUUUUGGUUGCUGCAGCCAGCCUGAAACAUGCUGACAGUGCAGCUGACAAUACUAUAAUCCCAGAACCCACGAAUGAUCCCAGCACUAUUUUAGUCCUGCUGGAUGUCAGUAAAGAGCUGACACAUCAUGUUGCCUGGGGGAAGUUUGGGUUUGAGUUGGACCUGUGAUAGAAGGGGCGAUUACAUCGGGACUGAGUCAGUGGAUGAUGCUCAGGUGUCAUGAGCUGACACAGAAAUGGAACUCCUGACCUGUAAUUCACCUGUGACUGCGGUGGGCUCUAUGGGCCGUUAAAUAAAUCAUA